AUGCGCUUCACAAACGCCGUCCUCCUAGCAGCUGCUAACAACCUCGCGCUGGCACAAAACUCAUCAACCACACCCGGCUACCAUGCAGCACCGCACUACGUUGCGUCCACCAUCCCCGCCAGUAACACAGACCUCACAUUCGGCCACAACUACGCCGUCCUCAACCUCGACUUGAUCAACGCCCUCGUCGGCAGCGUAGCCUCCUCUCCCAACGGCCAGCGCUUCAUCUCAAACACCGCCAAAUGGAUUGAUUUCAUUGACGCCCAACACCCAAAGCCUCUGUCCAUCUUCACGCGGAUCUACUACAGUACUGCUCGUAAGCCAGAGCUUGGGCCACAGUGUGCGAAGGUGCCUUUUGCGAAAGCUGGAGGCACGCUAGGGACGAAGGAGGAUCCCAACACAGAGAUAUAUCCAGCUUUCAAGGUUAAUGAUGCGGCUGGAGAUGUUGUGUUGCAGAAGACGAGGUAUUAUGCUGGGUUUGGGAAUCAGCUCGAGGAGAUUCUGAGCUCGAAUAAGAUCGACACCGUCGUUCUAUCUGGUAUCAGGACCAGUGGAGUUAUCCUGAGCACAGUGUACCAGCUCUUCAACCUGAAUUACAACGUAUAUGUCAUCGCCAAUAACACGAUCGAAACACCGCCGGAUGCAGACUCAGCUAUCAAUACGGCGAUCUUGGAGGGCGUGAUUCCGAAGCUUCCGGCUAAUGUCAUUACGAUUGAGCAAGCAAUGGCCGCGGUGAGGAAGAGUCCUGUGGAGAGUUGUUGA